UGAUUCUAACCCUUCCUCCAGGGUGAACAUUUUAAACAAACACCUAUAGAAGGAACCCUUGAUUGACUUCUUCUUCUCCCUCCCCGCCCAUGCUGGAGGAGUGUCCUCUCCUCCUCGAGUAUAAAACCCAACGCACCCAGCAGCGCUGAAGCAUGCACAGAGAGACACGGUGCAGCAACACCGACACAAAGAGAGAGACAGAAAGAGAGAGAGAGAGAGAGACAGAGAGAGAGAGAGAGAGAGAAGACUGGGCUGUGUCUCCCAGACUGUGUGUGAAAGUAAAGCGCUCGUUGUGGAUACUACAGACACCACACACACAGAGCAUCACAAACUAUCUGCGCUCCAGCAUGACUUAUUCUGCAGCAUCCCUGGAUUAAUCCGCAUUUAGCAGCCUACUUGCAAAGCGCAAGUUCGCUGGCACUUUUUUUGUUUUGUCGAGGACGCACGGAGGAGAACAACAACGAUGGAGAGGAGGAGAGGUAUCAUCCUCAUCCUCCCGGGCUGGUGCGCGCUGCUCGCCCUCCUCGUCCUGCACGGGACGCGCUGCAUGGCGGCCAAGGAGCUCCAGUGCCAGGAGAUCUCCGUGCCUCUGUGCAAAGGCAUCGGCUACAACUACACCUACAUGCCCAACCAGUUCAACCACGACACGCAGGACGAAGCCGGCCUGGAGGUGCACCAGUUCUGGCCCCUGGUGGAGAUAAAGUGCUCCCCGGACCUGCGCUUCUUCCUCUGCAGCAUGUACACUCCGAUCUGCCUGGAGGACUACAAGAAACCGCUCCCGCCGUGCAGGAGCGUGUGCGAGCGGGCCAAAGCCGGCUGCGCUCCGCUCAUGAGGCAGUACGGGUUCCCGUGGCCGGACCGGAUGAGGUGCGACCUGCUGCCAGAGCAGGGCAACCAGGACAUGCUGUGCAUGGACUACAACCGGAGCCAGACCACCACCACCACCACCGCUGCGUCUCCCGUGGUGGCGAAGCCGACAAACCGAGCCCUGAAGCCGUACAACCCGAGGAAGAAGAGCGGCUACGGCCGGGGGAUCCCCGCCGGAGGGAAGCAGCACAAACCGGCCGCGUCCUCUCCGUGUGAACCGGGAUGCUUCUGCCGUGCGCCCAUGGUGCCGGUGGCCACCGACGGACACCCGCUGCACAACCGCGUCAAGACGGGCCAGAUCCUGAACUGCGCCGUGCCGUGCCACAACCCUUACUUCACCCAGGAGGAGAGGACUUUCACCGCCUUCUGGAUCGGACUCUGGUCCGUCCUGUGCUUCAUCUCCACCUUCGCGACCGUGGCGACUUUCCUCAUCGACAUGGAGAGAUUCAAGUACCCGGAGCGACCCAUCAUCUUCCUGUCAGCCUGCUACAUGUUCGUGUCCAUCGGGUACAUCGUCAGACUGAUCGCCGGACACGAAGAAGUGGCGUGUAACCGGGAGAACGGAGCCGAGCACAUCCACUACGAGACCACCGGUCCUGCGCUCUGCACCGUGGUGUUUCUCCUCGUCUACUUCUUCGGCAUGGCCAGCUCCAUCUGGUGGGUGAUUCUGUCGCUCACCUGGUUCCUAGCCGCCGGUAUGAAGUGGGGCAACGAGGCCAUCGCCGGUUACGCACAGUACUUCCAUCUGGCCGCCUGGCUCAUCCCCAGCAUGAAGUCCAUUGCGGUUCUGGCUCUGAGCUCCGUGGACGGAGACUCCGUGGCCGGCAUCUGCUACGUGGGCAACCAGAACUUGGAUAACCUGCGAGGCUUCGUGUUGGCACCGCUGGUCAUCUACCUGUUCAUCGGCACCAUGUUCCUGCUGGCCGGGUUCGUGUCUCUGUUCCGGAUCAGGAGUGUAAUCAAGCAAGGGGGCACCAAGACGGACAAGCUGGAGCGGCUGAUGAUCCGGAUCGGAGUGUUCACGGUUCUGUACACGGUCCCGGCCACCGUUAUAGUGGCGUGUUACUUUUACGAGCAGCACAACAGACAGACGUGGGAGAUUACGCACAACUGCACGUGUAUGACGGACCCGAGCAGGCAGAGGCCGGACUAUGCCGUGUUCAUGUUGAAGUACUUUAUGUGUCUCCUGGUGGGCAUCACCUCGGGGGCCUGGAUCUGGUCCGGGAAAACCUUGGAGUCCUGGAGGACUUUUUGCACGCGCUGCUGCUGGGGGAGUAAAGCGUCCGCGGGAUCCAUGUACAGUGACGUCAGCACGGGACUCACCUGGAGGUCCGGGACCGCCAGCUCCGUCUCGUGCCCCAAACAGAUGCCACUGUCCCGGGUUUGAACAAUAAGGGGAGGGGGGGGCUCAAAUGCAUCUUAUGUCAUUUGACACUAAAGACUUUAAAACCAGCGCGGAUCAGCUCUUUUUGGGGGGAUAAAGUGGCGUAAAGACUUUGGGUAAAAUAUUCAAAGUGAGUUUCAAGUUUCAAGUUUAUUUGUCAUAUGCAUUUAAAAGUACAAUGCAAAGAGAAAUGCAAUGAAAUGCAUUUUACCCUGGCUCUCUCUCUCAGCCCUUAAAAUCUAUAAAUAGUAGAGUUGAUAAAUACUACAAUGAAUAAGACAAUACCUGAGAAUAAAAUUAUAAAACAACCUAAAACAUCUAUAAAACAAUCCACAGCUCUGCAAUCAUUCAGUGCUACUGUUCAGCAGUCUGAUCGCCUGUCUGAGGGUAAAAACUGUCUCUAAGGCGAGAGGUCCGAGCUCUAAUGCUCUGUAGGGAGAUAAGAGAAAAGAGUAUAUAUGCUGGAUGACUUGUGUCCUGCAUGAUACAAAGUGCUUUCUUCCUGCAGCGAGUGGUGUAAAUGUCCUGUAACUGUGGUAACGGUGAUCCAAUCAUUUUAGAUGCUGGUUUCACUGUCCUCCUCAGGAGUUUGUGGUCAUGUGAUGUAAUGUUGCCAAACCAUACCAGUUAAUGCAUCCAGUUAAGAUGCUUUCUAUUGUGGACCGGUAAAAGUUGAUGAGGGUUUUUGUGGACAUGCCAUGUUUCUUUAAACACCUCAGAAAAUAAAGUCUCAUCAGUUGUGGCCUUUUUGUGACACAACUGAUGUGCAGGGACCAGGAGAGGGAGUCAGAAAUAUGGACGCCUAGGAACUUAAAGCUGAGUCACCAAACUGCCAGUUUUAGAUGUAACUUUUGGUCACGAGCACUCCACUAAUGUGAACUUAAAAAAAAAAAUGUGGUCAUUUUAUGCUCCAUUGUGCUUCUAAAAGUUUAAGAUCUUAUGGAAAGUGCUCCUUCCUUGCCUUAUCCAAAUGACGUCCAUGGGUUUGAAUAGAGGGUGUUGGUGGGGGGGGUUGACUAAUUGUGUUGGGAUUGUCCAUCAGCGUGUUGUAAUUAGCACAUUAAUGAGCGCCUAAUGGCUUCUCUUUAAAUAAUGAGACUGUCAGCAGCAGAACAAUGUACCUGGCACGAAGAAUGCAGAGUCUUAUCUGGGCUUAAUUGAAAAUGCGCGCAGCUGACAAGAUCCCCCUGGUCGACAGGUUAUAGUAUGGUAUAGCUGAGGCUCUUCUUCGUCUUACUGUAAAACAACCGCUGUGUCUUAAACAUAUAAGAUUCACAAUGAGACUGCUCUGCUUGUAAACGAGGCCAUCGCUGGGCUGGCUGUUGUUUUUUGUCUUGCAAGAUGGAUUCACAUGAACCAAUGCCUUAAUAUACUGUCUCAUACGGGUUGCAUUAGCGCGUAAAAGUGUAUUUAUAUAAUUAUUGGUGUACAUAUAUUGUACAUUUGUAUAUGAAAAUUUACGAGAUUGUAAAUAUGUAUAAUUUCCACUUUGAUAGAAAAUUUUAUUUUGAGAAUAAAACAACUUUUAUUGAA